CAACUAUUCAAAUUGUGAAUAAACAGCCGAUAAGUUUGGUGGAAAAUAAAACCAUCGUCUUGAUUUGUACAGAAGUGGAUGGAAAUCCAAGGAAUACUUCAUUUGUAUGGUAUAAAUCAAACACUAUCAUUGGGGCGACGGCGAACUAUUCCAUUAGUGAAGCCCAUGUAGAAGACGCUGGUAAUUACACCUGUAAAGGAUCAAAUGGUUUUGGAAGGAAAAGUGAAGCAAUAAUAGAGGUGUUUGUUUUAUAUUCACCAAUAGUUUCUGUAUCAUUUGCUACGAAUUUAAACACGAUAGCGGAGGAUAAUACGGCUGUGUUACAGUGUACUGUACAGAGUAACCCACCUCCAAAUAUAGUGUGGACGAGACAUAGAAGUAAUACAAUAUUGCAUAGUAGUAGUACUGUGUUUCAGAGCAACUUAACCAUUGAUAAUGCUAACUGUUUUGACACGGGUAACUACACGUGCAAGGCAAUGAACAUUAUUAACAACAACGAAUACACCACUAUGAAAGAUAUUGAGUUGUUUGUCGAGUGUUCCCCUAGGCGAUACAAUGGUGACGAUGGAUCCCCAAAUCCGAGAGUACUUGCAAUCGGGGAAAACCUUACGAUAUCACAACACAUUAUUGCAUUUCCGAUGGGCAUUACUUCAUGGAUAUUUAAGCAUGAUGAAAAUUCACCAGAAACAACAGUGUAUUCGUCUUUCAACUGUAGUACAUAUAAUGUAACCAAUCAUCAUAUCUGCUUUUCGAGACAUAAUUUAACUGCAACUAAUUUUGGGUUGUAUUCAGUCGUAAUUGUGAAUGAUGUAGGUAAAGCGACAUUUACUUACAAUAUUAUUCCCGAAGGUCCACCAAAGCAACCAACAAAUAUUUUAGUGGCAUGUGAAAUAACAUCAAUGAUUGUAUCAUGGCGACCAGGAUUCAACGGAGGAAUUAAACAAUCCUUUAGGGUGGCAUGGUUGAAUAUUAGGACAAAACAAACAAAAUAUUCAUCUGAGAUCAUGGAUUCCAACCCGGAAUCGACUAAACAGUAUAUAGUUAAGUCUUUAACUCCAGACACACCGUACAUCAUAUGUGUAGAGGCUACCAAUAAACAUGGUAUUGUAAGAUCAACAGAUAAUGAUAACUGUACAACAGGAUCAAGUUUAUUUAACAGUCAAUCGAACAAUUCUUUGGUCACGAGUGUUGCUGCAGCCAUAGGAACAUCAAUAUUCAUAUUACUAGUCGCAAGUGUUGUAAUUUUUGUUUUGAAGAGGAGGCGGAUGAAAAAUAAAAAAGAAAACACCAAACUGUAUCAAUCAACCCAACCUGGUACAAGUCGGCAAAGGACAAAUAACGAUGAACAUGAUUAUAGUGAACUCCAAACAAAAAGAAUGGACAGUAAUCCUGACGGCAUGCAAGCAAAUAGCUCAAAUACUUAUGAAGAAGUUGGAAGAAUAAACGACGGACAAAUUUAUCAAAAUGUCUGCAAAAACAAGAAAGAGCCAAUGGAGAUACACGAUAUAUCACCUUUAUAUGCAAAUAUGAACAUUUAAAAUGGGAAUGGUGUACAUUUUGAAAACAUGUUACUUGUCUUCCUUCUCGUAUUGCAUUGAUUAAUUAUGCUAUCCUGCUACAUAUACAGCUGUUAAAUAAAACAACGUGAAUAAGCUGUCAAUCAAAUGUACAAGGAUGCAAUUUAUUGGAACGUCCUAUAAAAUGUUAUGUGAUUAAAAAUAUAUGAAUUCAUAAUAAGCUUCAAAACAUAUAUAUUAUAAUAUGAUAACUGUUCAAUGCACCUUUGCAGUUUUUUUAAUGAAGCGUUUCGAAAAUAAGUCUAUAUACAGACACAAUAGAUAUUAUUAUAUGCUGCUUUUAAUUAGCUAUACCAUUAUAAUCGCUAGAAAUUUGGUUUUGCAAAAUUAUUUCAAAGUUACAUAUAUUUUCAUUAUCAUACAAUUAUAAGAGAUAACACAUGUUAAGAAUAAUAUAUAUUUAUUGGCGAAGUAAGAUCACGGCUUCUGUCGGUUACCAACCCAUGAACAAAGGGUCUUUGGGUAACCGUGAAUUAAAAUUGCAAAUCAAAUCUUUAAAAUAGAAUAGAUAGUUAAAAUUGAAAUAAAACUAAAAUGUAGUGAAAUUAUGAAUUAAUAGUGUGCUGAAUUGAACCCUGGCAACAGAUGUCCAAAUCAACAUGAGAAACUACGUUUGAAGUGUAAAUGAAGAUUAAAUGGAUUAAUGUUCUAAAUUAAAUAAUAAUAAAUCCAGUUUAUCGGUACUGGUGCAGCCUAUAAAGUCCGCCGUCCAUGACAUCUGGCAACAGACGGUCAUAACAUCAUCUUUGAUUAGUGCAUUAUUAUUGUCAAUACAUUAUCACUUCACCAUAUGGAGGUCAUAGUUCGGUUAUUUGUGUUUACAUAAACACAAACAGAUCCAGAAGCCGUGACAGGUUUUCUUUAAAGUUGAAGUAUAUGUACAGACAACACACAUAAAUCUGUAAAAUAAAAACAAAACAGCAGUAUCGAAAAUAAAGGGAGAGGCUGGGUGGGUAUCAAGUAAUCAUGUUUAUACUAAAUAAACUCAAUAAUCUGACCUUUAAUCAAUAUAAAUCCUUGAAGAUAGCGUUUGCAAAAUUUGUGAUGAGGAGUGCAAGAACAGUUAAUUUAUAUGUAGUGUAAUAAAUUUAGACAUGCGCGUCUGCUUUGACCCGCUAAUGAACUAUUGCUGGUCUUCCUCUGAUAACGCGAUUUAAUGGUCGAGUCCUUUAAAUCGAAUUAUAUUGUCCCGAUUUGGCAUUUUUUAUCAUAUUUAUAUAUUUUGCUUUUUUAUAUGUGCUAUAAAUAUUUUUUUUUCUAAUUCUGACCAGAUUUAUCAUUUUCCUGACCUAUUGUUUUUUUUUUUUUAAAUUUAAACAACGUGUGAUUCGUUUGAUCUCAGUUCUUCAUUGGAAAAUUUCGAUUAUGACGUCAAAUUUUCUUGCUUUCCUCUGAAUUUCCUAUUGUGACGUCAUGAAAAAAGGCUUCCAUGCCUGAUGAUAUCACACAGAAAGAACACAUCUUUUUGCAGAUCAUUUGGAAAGACGGAUUGAGUUUUUCUGCAUAUCCUUUAAAAAUCGUUAUAGAAACAGAUUCCACCAACAUAUAUCGUGCAAUACGAUAUUUAUCCACUCUCGAAGGUUAAGCUUUAAAUAUUUAAAACUAUCGGCGAGCCUCGCGUUGAUAAUUCGAAAAUAUAAUUGUCUCGAGUGGAUAUAUAUCGUAUCUCACUCGAUACGGUUUUAUAAUCUUUAUUUUAAAUAUAAAGUACAAUGUAAAUAUAACAGCAAUAAACUUUUAUAUGCUAAUA